CCCGCCCGCCGCGCCAUGCCCGCGGGCUGAGCGCCGCCGCAGGGCCUCGUCCCUCCUGGCGUGGGCCGCGCGGGCGACCAUGGUGCUGCCGCCGCCCGACCGGCGCCACGUGUGCCUGACCACGCUGGUGAUCGUGGGCAGCAUGGCCGUCAUGGACGCGUACCUGGUGGAGCAGAACCAGGGCCCGCGCAAGAUCGGCGUGUGCAUCAUCGUGCUGGUGGGCGACGUGUGCUUCCUGCUGGUGCUGCGCUACGUGGCCGUGUGGGUGGGCGCCGAGGUGCGCACGGCCAAGCGCGGCUACGCCAUGAUCCUCUGGUUCCUCUACAUCUUCGUGCUGGAGAUCAAGCUCUACUUUAUCUUCCAGAACUACAAGGCGGCGCGGCGCGGCGCGGCGGACCCGGUGGCGCGCAAGGCGCUGACGCUGCUGCUGUCGGUGUGCGUGCCCGGCCUCUUCCUCCUGCUCGUGGCGCUCGACCGCAUGGAGUACGUGCGCACCUUCCGCAAGCGCGAGGAUCUGCGCGGCCGCCUCCUCUGGGUGGCUCUGGACCUGCUGGACCUGCUGGACAUGCAGGCCAACCUGUGGGAGCCGCCGCGCACCGGGCUGCCGCUGUGGGCCGAGGGCCUCACUUUCUUCUACUGCUACAUGCUGCUGCUGGUGCUGCCGUGCGUGGCGCUCAGCGAGGUCAGCAUGCAGGGCGAGCACAUCGCGCCGCAGAAGAUGAUGCUCUACCCGGUGCUCAGCCUCGCCACGGUCAACGUGGUGGCGGUGCUGGCGCGCGCCGCCAACAUGGCGCUGUUCCGCGACAGCCGCGUCUCGGCCAUCUUCGUGGGCAAGAAUGUGGUGGCGCUCGCCACCAAGGCCUGCACCUUCCUCGAGUACCGCCGCCAGGUGCGCGACUUCCCGCCGCCCGCGCUCGCGCUGGAGCUGCAGCCGCCACCCUCGCAGCGCAACUCGGUGCCGCAGCCCCCGCCGCUGCACGGCCCGCCCGGGCACCCCCACGGCCCCUCGCCCACUCGUGAUGCCCUGGACACGUGACAGGGCCCGCGCGGUCCCCGGGACGGCCCCGGGGCUCAGAGACGCGGGUCUGGCCCGGGGCGUGCGGUUUGCAUGGGAUGGGGUGGGGCGGGCUCCCCUCGGGGAAGGUACGGAGAGUGCAGUGCGGUGCCUGGGGGCGCGGCCGCUUCUUCAUCUCAGGAAUCCCUCGGAUCGGACCGCGGACCCUCAGCCCCCGCUCCGCCAGCCGCCCCAGCGCGCUGGGCGGUUGGUGAGGCCUGGGCCGGUCCCUGCCUGUUGGGCCCCCGGGUUGGAAGGGAGGGCAGUGUGGGCGUGGCCUCGGUGGGGGCCUCUGGCUCAGAGUCUGGGGCCAAGGAGCCCCUGUCAUUUUAAAGACUCGUGUUUACAGUUUUGUA